UUUUCUGAUAGAAUUUGGCCUGUAGAAUCAAUAAUUUCAAUCAGUUCCAAGAUUGGAUAAAAUACUGCACAUCUUGUAUAUACUAACUGCAUGUAAACCGUCCUUUAACAUAUAUCGACUUUCUCGUUUGACCACUUGGUGGCGCUGUUGAUAAUUUGAUUUGUUUUGUAUCAUUUCCCUCAAUCUUUUAUGUAUUAUUCUCCUCGUUUUUUCGUAUUCCAGUCCGUUUGUGUCGUCUAAUCGCAAUUUUAAAGAUGCCUCUCGCUAUGGUGUAGUUUCAGGUGCCCUCCAAGCUGUAGAUUAACCUCAUUCACCCCGCAAACAUGACUUCCAAUUCCGCUCUCUACGUCUUGGGGGCCGCCGUUAUCGGUAUCGUGGGCGCAGCCGGCAUGUUCAUCGUGGAGCACUUCCGCCAGGAACGUCGCAGACAUUCCAUGGUCCGGGAGUUGGCCCGUUUGGAUCGGCAGGUCUGCGGCCUUCAAUCGGAGCUGGAGCAGUUGCGCACCCAAAAGCUAAGCAAAGAGCGGUUUAGGAAAAAGCACAAUUUGCACAAGGUGUCGUCGUCGUCCACGCUCAGCACACGCUCGUAUGACAGCGUUAACGAGGCGGACAGCUCCGACUUGGAGUUUUACGAUUUGAGCGACGACGAAUCGACGCAAAGCACCAUCACACCGCUCGAGCAGAUUCUGCAAGAGAUCGAUUUAAAUUUAAACUCCGGCGACGCGGCUAAAGUUAAGAACGCCUACGAAAACUUGAGCGAGUUAAAUCUGAAGUACCCGCGCGACUCUGAGAUACUGUGGCAUUUCGGGAAGGCGUGUUAUAAGAUGAUCUCGACGGUCAGCGACCCCGUCGUGAAGCAGGAAUUUAUCACAAAGGGUAUUGAGAUGUGCGAGAGCUCUAUUGAGCUUAACCCGAAGGUAGCCGAUGCCCACAAGUGGUGCGCCAUACUGAUCGGGAUGCGUUCGAACACGCAGUCGAUUCAGGGCAAGAUCAGCGACGGUUACCUGUUCAAGCAGCACAUCGACACGGCAAUCGGACUUAAGGCCGGCGACCCGACGCUCCACCACAUGCUCGGUCGGUUCACUUACGAGUCGGCGAAUUUGAAGUGGUACGAGCGUAAGGUCGCCGCGACGUUUUUCGCCGAGCCUCCCAACGGGACGUUCGACGAGGCGCUCGAGCACUUUCAACUUGCAGAAAAUCUAAUGGGCGCCGAUUGGAAGGAGAAUAAGCUGCUGAUCGGCAAGUGUUUGAUCGCGUUGGGUAGAUAUAAGGAGGCGGUUAAGGCGUUGGGCACCGCCAACACCAUGGUUGACAACAGCUUGGACGACGAGGUCGAUAGCGAGGUGAAAGUUCUGUUACAGAAGUACAACAGCUACAGGUAAUUGCGGGGGCUCUUAGUGUUUUUAAUCGUCAAUCAACGCAUAUUGUAUCGUUUUCGUUUGGGGAGAUUUUAUGAAUGUUAAGGUGAAUGUAAACUACGCAAUUUUAGAAAUAUAUUUAAGAUUUUUGUA